AUGGCACGGUGGUGGCAGCUCCUGCUAGGUUUGUGGACAGUCAUGCCCACUUGGGCUGGGGACGAGCUGCUCAACGUCUGCAUGAAUGCCAGACACCACAAGAGAAAGCCCAGCCCAGAAGACAAGCUCUAUGAGGAGUGCCUCCCCUGGAAGGACAACGCCUGCUGCACGGCAGAGACAAGCUGGGAAGCCCACCUGGAUGUGUCCCCGCUCUACAACUUCAGCAGGAUUCACUGUGGACUCUUGAUGCCGGGCUGCCAGAAGCACUUCAUCCAGGCCACGUGCUUCUACGAGUGCUCUCCGAACCUGGGGCCUUGGAUCCGGCCGGCAGCCCGGGGCCGGCAAGGAGAACGCGUGGUGGACGUGCCACUGUGCCGGGAGGACUGCGAGGAGUGGUGGGAGGACUGCCGCUGGUCGUACACCUGCAAAUCCAACUGGCUCAGCGGCUGGGACUGGAGUCAGGGGAAGAACCGCUGCCCCCCAAAGGCCCGGUGCCUCCCUUUCCCCCACUACUUCCCCACCCCGGCCGACCUGUGCGAGAAGGUUUGGAGCAACUCCUUCAGGGCGAGCCCGGAGCACCAGCACAGUGGGCGAUGUCUCCAGAAGUGGUUUCAGCCUGCCCAGGACAACCCCAACGAGGCCGUGGCCCGCCUCUUCGCCAACCCUGCCCCAUCCUGGGAACUCUCCUACACGCUUGCGGCCUUCUCUCUGCUCCUGUCCUUCCUUUCCUGA